GUUGCCGCCGGCUAUACAAUUGUUUAUUUGAUUUAGAAAUAUAAUACAUUACUUAUUUAGUUUAGAGUGUGGUUUAUUAUACAUAAUUAAAAAAGUUAACAAAAUGUGGUAUUGGAAGGGAAUUAUAUUAGCUUGCUUCCUCCAUUCUUGCCUGGGGCUACGGACGUGUUUACAGGACGCUGAAUGCUCAAGUCUGGAGGGGAGCAUUUGCUUGAAUGGGACAUGUGCCUGUCCUCCGGGUUACCAGUCUGCUCUAGGUGGAACACGCUGUCUUAGCUUGGCUCCAUACCACACAUCGGUCUGCGUAGAAACCUACCAAUGUUCUAGACUCUUUUCUAGUUUUGAAUGUCUAAAAGCGGAAAAUGCAACAGAAGGCACCUGCCGCUGCCAACCAGGCCACCAUUACUUCCUAGGCAGCUGUUGGCCUACAACAGACUUUGGCGAACCCUGCUUUAGGGAUGAGCAAUGCCUUAGUACAAUUAGAGACCCUUACAGUAUGAGUUGUAACGGGACCUGUCAAUGUGCUGAAGGAUACGAUCUGAGGCAGAGAGGCGAAUGCAGGAAAAUUGGAAGAGCUGUUGGGGACGGAUGUGUCCUUGAUGUCGAUUGUCACUUCGAAGGAGGUGCCUGUGACCGGUUCGAUUUUAUCUGUUACAAUACUAAUGAUGCGACAAGGACGAUCCCGCUAAAAUCUACAGCCGCCGUAAACACCACCGUUACGAAAAGUAUAACUACGAGGAACAACACCCUUUACGAAUCAUGUCCUUGUUCUCAUCCCUUCGUGUGCUAUUUGGAUACCUGCGUGUGUCCACUCGGAUAUUAUUCUAAUGCAGAUGGAAACUCGUGCUUGCCUGAACUGGGUUCGCCAGGGACAAAUUCAACCUGCACGGGCCUGCUGGCUGUGGUCAUAGACGGAAUUUGCACUUGUCGACCAAACUUCUUCUUCCAAGAGAACAUGAGGGACUGUGUUAGAGUAAGCCGCACGCUAAGUGACUCUUGCGUCGAGGACUUGAAUUGUCAUUCUUUCGGGGCAGCUGCACGGUGUGGUCCACCACAGCAGUGGGGCAUACGCAACUGCGAGUGCGACACCGAACAGGCCAUUUGGGAUGCACAGAGACAGAUGUGCAGAUUAUUUUCUGGUGUCGGCGAAUUCUGUGAACAAGAUAGCGACUGUCUGGCAGGCGAGUUGGAGAUCCAAUGCGUAGUUACCGAUGGCCAAGGGGUGUGUACUUGUCCAGAUUGGCUAACCGAGAUGGACGGGCUCUGCCUCAACAUUGGUUUAGGUGCGUUAUAUCCUCCUUCAUCGUCAUCCCACCUUUCUAUCGUCCUCUUUUCUGGUUCCUCUCUUUGCUACUUAUUUUUGAAAUUUCGAAUCGUUCUCGAAUUCUCUCUUCCUUCAAUAUUUUCACAUCUGUUCGGUCUAUCAUUAUUCCCAAAUAUGGGCAUUUUUAACGCCGGAUUUUAA